AGGCCAGCGCGGCGCUCCCAUGGUGCGGGAAGGCGGCAUGGCCCGGACCCCUUACAGCUCCACGCAGGACAUCCAGAUGGACGUCUUGGACAACGCCGCCCUCCAGGGCAAGUACAGCAGGCGCAAGAGCCGCUUCAAGCGCUCGGACGGCAGCACCUCCUCGGACACCACCUCCAACAGCUUCGUGCGGCAGGGCUCGGCCGAGUCCUACACCAGCCGCCCCUCGGACUCGGAUGUGUCGCUGGAGGAGGACAGGGAGGCGCUGCGCAGGGAGGCCGAGCGCCAGGCCAUGGCCCAGCUGGAGAAAGCCAAGACCAAGCCGGUGGCGUUCGCCGUGCGCACCAACGUGGGCUACAACCCCUCGGCCGGGGACGACGUGCCCGUGCAGGGCAUGGCCAUCUGCUUCGAGCCCAAGGACUUCCUGCACAUCAAGGAGAAAUACAACAACGACUGGUGGAUCGGGCGGCUGGUGAAGGAGGGCUGCGAGGUUGGCUUCAUCCCCAGCCCCGUCAAGCUGGAGAACAUGAGGCUGCUGCAGGAGCAGAAGAUGAGGCAGAGCCGCCUGAGCUCCAGCAAAUCGGGUGACAACUCCAGCUCCAGCCUGGGCGAUGUGGUGACAGGGACACGCCGCCCCACGCCCCCCGCCAGCGGUGGCCUGGACAUGGCCAGCUUUGCCUUUGAGGCCGAUGAGUUAGAGGAGGAGGAGGAGGAGGAGGCCCUGGAGGCGCAGCGCUCCCCUAAGAGUAGCGUGAGCAGUGUCACCACCCCCCCCGCCCACAGCAAGCGCAUCCCCUUCUUUAGGAAGACCGAGCACGUGCCCCCGUACGACGUGGUGCCCUCCAUGCGCCCCAUCAUCCUCGUGGGGCCCUCCCUGAAGGGCUACGAGGUGACGGACAUGAUGCAGAAGGCGCUGUUCGACUUCCUGAAGCAUCGCUUCGACGGCCGGAUCUCCAUCACGCGGGUCACAGCCGACAUCUCCCUGGCCAAGCGCUCCGUGCUCAACAACCCCAGCAAGCACACCAUCAUCGAGCGCUCCAGCACCCGCUCCAGCCUGGCCGAGGUGCAGAGCGAGACCGAGCGCAUUUUCGAGCUGGCGCGGACGCUGCAGUUGGUGGCCCUGGACGCCGACACCAUCAACCACCCGGCGCAGCUGGCCAAGACCUCGCUGGCGCCCAUCAUCGUCUACAUCAAGAUCACCUCCCCCAAGGUGCUGCAGAGGUUGGUCAAGUCCAGGGGGAAGUCCCAGGCCAAGCACCUCAACGUGCAGAUGGUGGCCUCGGACAAGCUGGCACAGUGCCCACCUGAGAUGUUCGACAUCGUUCUGGACGAGAACCAGCUGGAGGAGGCGUGCGAGCACCUGGCCGAGUACCUGGAGGCCUACUGGAAGGCCACGCACCCGCCCAGCAGCAACCCCCCGAACCCGCUGCUGAGCCGCACCAUGGCCACGGCCGCGCUGGCCGCCAGCCCCGCGCCCGUCUCCAACCUCCAGGCUCCGCACCCGGAGGGGGAGCACGGCCGCCCCCGGCAGGAGUCGGGGGGCCGCGGGCAGGGCAGGGUCCCCCCGCCGCCCUCCCGGCCGGGCCCCCGCAGCCUGGCCCGCCAGGACACCUUCGACACGGAGGCUCCGGGCAGCCGGGACUCGGAGCCCGGCGAUUCGUGCUGCAUGGACAUCGAGAUGGAUCCCGUCGAGGAGGAGCCGCCGGGCACCCCCGGGGCCGGCCCGCAGCCCCCGCCCGGCUCCUGGGACCGAGCCAAGGGCCAGGAGCCGCUGGGCCCGAGCGACGGAGAGGGCUGGGGCCGGGACGUUUACAUGCGUUAGGAUGAGGGGGUGCGGGCAGCGCUGGUUUUGGGGUGCGGGCCCUUUGUGCCCCCCCUUUGUGCCCGGCCAGCAGUGCCCUGGGGGUGUCCCCCUGCCGCAGCCCCCCAGCAUCUCCAGCAGGGACAGCGAGUGACCAAAGGGGACCCGGCGUGUCCCCGUGCCCCCGGCGCGGGGUGGGGGCCGUGCCCCCCUCCCCAGCCCUGCCCCCCGCUUCUCCAUGGUGCUCUCGGCUGCGGGGUGCCCGGAGCUGGCCGUGCCCGUGGGGGGGUCCCCGCCAGCUGCCCCCCCAGCCUGGCGGUGCCUGGCACUGCCCCCCAGCCCCCUGCCCUGCCCGGGGGUGCAUGCGUGUGUGUGCAGGGCUCUUGGGGGGUCCCCGCUGCGCCCCCCGAGGUGUGGGGAUGGGGGGGGGUCUGCAUGUGUUUGCCUUGGAGGGGCUCUGCCUGAAUUGGGGGGUGGGGGGUGAAUCU